AUGAUUGAAACACUUGUAACUACUGAAGCUCAGGAGCUGCUGUACCAGCUGACAGCCCUGUUGGAACAGGAGUUCAGGUGUCAGCCCAAGGCCUCUGGCCUGAGACUGAUUGAAUCUGCUCAUGAUAAUGGCCUCCGAAUGACUGCAAGGCUUCGGGACUUUGAAGUGAAAGAUCUCCUCAGCUUAACUCAAUUCUUUGGCUUUCAUACAGAGACAUUUUCACUAGCUGUGAAUUUCUUGGAUAGAUUCUUGUCAAAAAUGAAGAUACAGCCUAAAUACUUGGGCUGUGUUGGACUCAGCUGCUUCUACUUGGCUGUGAAGGCAUCAGAAGAAGAGAGAAAUGUUCCCUUAGCCACUGACUUAAUUCGAAUAAGCCAGUAUAGGUUCACUGUUUCUGAUAUGAUGAGAAUGGAGAAAAUUGUAUUGGAGAAGCUGUGUUGGAAAGUCAAAGCUACAACAGCCUUCCAAUUUCUGCAACUUUAUCAUUCACUCUUUCAUGAGAAUUUAAGCUGUGAAAGGAGAAAAUACCUUAAUUUUGAGAGACUUGAGACCCAGCUGAAGGCAUGUCACUGUAGAAUCAUGUUUUCUAAAGCCAAGCCUUCUGUCUUGGCACUGUCUAUUUUGGCACUGGAGAUGGAAGAACAAAAACUGCUGGAAUUGACAGAAGCACUGGAAUUUCUGCAGCUGCAUUCCAAGAUAAGCAGCAGAGAUUUGACCUUCUGGAAAGAGCUGGUGUUGAAGUGCCUCACAGAAUAUUCCUCAAGCAAGUGUUCCAAACCAAACGUCCAGAAACUAAAAUGGAUUGUGUCUGGGCGGACAGCACGGCAGCUUAAACACAGCUACUACAGAAUAACACAUCUUCCUACAAUUCCAGAGACCAGCUCAUAAUAGGAGUACCAUAAAAUGAGGAGAAAACCAUGGUCUGACCUUGUCAAGAGACAUAGGAAUAUUUGAGAAACUAAGCCUGAAACAUGAUCUUAAUAAUGAAGAACUCAACUCAUGGAAAGAAUAUGUAACAUUUCCGACUAAAGAUGCUUCCAGCAAA